CCAAUGCCCCGGCCGAGAAGCUGAGGUCAUCAUUGAAAAUAAAGCAGUGGCUAUAAAACUGUUUUAGCAAUGCAGACAAUUAAGUGUGUUGUUGUGGGUGAUGGUGCUGUUGGUAAAACAUGUCUCCUGAUCUCCUACACAACAAACAAAUUUCCAUCUGAGUAUGUACCAACGGUUUUUGACAACUAUGCAGUCACUGUUAUGAUUGGUGGAGAGCCAUAUACUCUUGGACUUUUUGAUACCGCAGGACAAGAGGAUUAUGAUAGAUUAUGGCCACUGAGUUACCCACAAACAGAUGUAUUUCUAGUCUGUUUUUCAGUGGUCUCUCCGUUCUCAUUUGAAAAUGUGAAAGAAAAGUGGUUGCCAGAGAUAACUCACCACUGUCCAAAGACUUCUUUCUUGCUUGUUGGAACCCAAAUUGAUCUCAGAGAUGAUCCCUCUACUAUUGAGAAACUUGCCAAGAACAAACAGAAGCCUAUUACUCCAGAGACUGCUGAAAAGCUGGUCCGUGACCUGAAAGCUGUCAAGUAUGUGGAGUGUUCUGCACUCACACAGAGAAAGGCCUAAAGAAUGUAUUUGACGAAGCAAUAUUGGCUGCCCUGGAGCCCCCAGAACCGAAGAAGAGCCACAGGUGUGUGCUGCUAUGAACAUCUCUUCAGAGUCCUUUCUGCAAAGCUGGUGUCGGCAUCAUGCUAAAAGAAAUGUUUAAAUCAAAGUAAAGAUUAAAAAUUAAAAUUCGUUUUUGCAAUAAUGACAAAUGCCCCGCACCUACCCACAUACACUCAAGCAAGAUAGGCCCAUAGGUCUGGCAUUUCCCCCUCCAAA